AUGGGGUGCACACCUUCUCACAGUGACAUUGUUAAUAGCGUUGCUAAGAGUGGCAUCCAGUUUUUUAAAAAGCCCAAAGCAAUUCUUCCAGGAUGUCAGGGGGCCAGUGAAAGAUGCUCUAUCCCUUUGCUGGUUCCAAGCUGCACCUGCUAUGAUUCUGGGGGAGACCCAUCCCAGGGACAGAGGCUGGCAGAGGAACAGCCAAGAGUCGGGUGGACCCAAAGCCCAGUGGAAGGUCUCUAUCGGCGCACAAGAGAUCUCACUGCAGGCCAAGGGAAAGCUAUGGAGGGAAUGCCCCUAGAAAGUGAAACCUCGCCGCCCCAGCUGGACAAGUCACAAAGCCACAGGGCUAAGGACCUUCCAUCCAAGACGCAGAGCUCCCACAGGUCACAAGGGGCAGGCUUUUCCAGGGAAGAGAGUGAAGAAAGGAACACCCAGCAAAGGAAGCUGAGAUGCCACACAUGUGACCAACAGGACCAUUGCUGCCAAACCAUCCUUCCUGCUCAUGAGCCUGAAAGCAAGGUGGAUUUCCCUGAGCCCCUGGUGAAGGCCCACCAGCACGCCUACACCUACCUCCACUCCUGCCUCUCCAAGUACGAAGCAAUCCUGUGCCUCAUCCAUCAGGCCACCCAGACCCAAGAGCUGUUGCAGCCUAUGGUCACCUUCCUGCUGCUGUGCUUUGAUGAGGUCAACCAGCUCUUGGGCGAGAUCUCCAAGGAUGGAGAAAUGCUCCUCCAGGAAGUCCGGGAGGAUCUGGCUUGGCCGUUGAGAAAAGGAGAGUCCCAGGAGCGGCCAGACCUCCUGCAGCAGCUUCUGCAGUACACAGUCAGCAAGCUGCUGGGGCUCAGUGGCACGGUGGCCUCCAUCACCAGCAGCUACCUGGAGGGCUCCAGCAGUUACCACCAUGCCACUGCGAGCCUCUUGGGAAAGAAGCUGAGCACAAAGAGGGCUGCAGAUGAAUGCCUCCUAAGGGCUCUGGGGCAGCUGGAGAGCUUGGCAAGUGGCCACGGGGACCCUGGGAUGCAAGGUGGACCCCUGUGCUCUGAGGACAGCGGCAUCGGUGGGGACAAUGAGUCUGUGCAGCUGGGGGACAGGCUGGGCAAGCAAGCCAGCUGGGACUCGGGGUCAGAGCCCGCAGUGCAUUCAGCCACGGGGGAAGCCAGGCUGUCGGGAAAGACCUGGCAACAAAGUCCUUCCCGGAUGGGUGCAGACAGACCCCAGGACUGCCCCCUCUCCAGGCCUCCAACUGCAAAGGUGCAGCCCACGGCACAGUGGGGAGCAGGUAGCCCACGCCCCUCAAGCCCAGGCCCAAAAACGAUGACCGCCAGGCCUCUGGGGAUGGGCGAAAGUACCCUGUGUGAGUCCCCUGGGAUCGGGGUCUCCAUGGAAGCAGAUCUUUCUAAAAGUUCCAGGUUAAUAGACACUCCUUCCUUCAGUGAAGGGGAGGACAGUAGCCCAGAGGGGGAGGAAGACCAGCUGAGCGGUAUGAGUCCAUGUCCAUGGCAGGAAAAGUCUUCCCCUCCAAGGCCACGCUCUUCACCUGGUGGCCCAGAGAGCCCAUUUCAGCCACACCCCAGGAGGCUCGAUAGCCCCGAAGCUCAGGAAAUGAUUCUGAAGAUGAAGGAGGCAAUCAGUGAAAGGAUCAAGUUUGUCCCUGUGCCUUCUGGGACCCAGGACUGGGCCGAUGAGGAGGAGCGGAGGACAGCGGUCUCCCCAAGACCCAACACAGCCAGCGGCAGCAGCAGGGCCGCUGUGAGGCAGAGGAGGUCCCAGUCAGAGGGGUGUCUGCAGAGCCACAUGGAGGACCCCACCUUCCAGGAGCUGCGGAGGGUCCAGAGAGACCUGAGCCGGAGGCUGGAGGCAUUUUACGCCCUGGGUGCACGGCAGCAGGGACGGAGCCCGGAGCGGGUGCGGCAGCCCCAAGCUGCGGCUCUGAGGCCUGACACCUGCAGGGGCUCCCAGAACAACACCAUCAGCAAGCUGAAGGCCUCCCUCACCAAGAACUUCGUCAUUUUGCCAAGUCAGGACAAGAGCAUCUUGCAGAAAUGUGGUCCCCGUCCCGAGGGUGAAGAGCCCCGGCCAGGGGAGGGGGAGGGGCUGCCAAUCACCAUCCCGUCGGGUGAGAAGACCAGUGAGCCUCCAGGGGCCGAGGACUGGAAUGUCAGGGGCCGUCCCAGCAGAACAUCCGUCAAGAAACUCAUUGAAACCUUCAGUCCCACCAAGAGUCUGAGGACCCUAGAGGACUCUAAGGACGCUGGGCCAAGCCCCUGCCUCAGGAAGUGGGGGAUCCCCAUCAUGCCUCCCAGAUUUCCCAUUUACAGGGGGCUUGCCCCUUUGUAUCCCAAGCCCCGAAUUUCUCCAGCAGCAAGUAGAGAAUCUCUCCAAGAGGGCCCAGGCUGGAGGCCUUUAUCGCCUAUCUUCCCCCGUCUGCUGACAUCAGGAGCGCCCAAGAAGGAGGACCUCAGUGUCAACAGUGAACCAGAAGAUGACCCAGAGCAUCUCCCUCCACCGCCUCCGGAAAUCCUGAUGGACAAGUCGUUCACCUCUCUGGAGCCCCCGGAGAGCAGCACGCCAGCAGAGAGCUCUCCCAAGGGGACCCAUGUGCCAGGGCUGGGAGGGGCCGACCCUGCCCGGAGAACGUGGGCUUCCCCGAAGCUAAGAGCCUCCAUGAGCCCCACUGACCUACUACCCAGCAAGAGCGCGACUGCCCCCACCAGGCCCCACAGCACAGGACUAGGGGGCAGCAAGAGCGGCUACGGUACCAGAAAACUCACCAUGGACCUGAGCCGCCCGUCAGUAACCAGCAGAUACCAAGAGGUGGAGGGCAGAGGGGCUCCAAGUCAGGCUCCCACAGACAGGGUCACCAGCCUGUCCAAGCAUCCCCAGAAGGCCAUCCCCUGGCACCACUCCAGCCACACAUCUGGGCAGAACAGGACCUUGGAACCCAGCCUGGCCAGGCCAACACGAGGGUCGCAUUCUCCUGAAGCCCCCAGGCAGAGUCAGGAGAGAAGCCCCCUGCUGGUCAGGAAGGCCUCUUCCACGAGGGGAUACUGGACACCCCGAGCGGACAGGAGGCAUCCCUCCUCUCACAGACCUGCCCAGCCAAGUGCUCCCCCCGUGCAUGGCUCCCCCAGCCCACCGGUCAGCCCUCCGAUAAGCCCCACGGUGCUCAGCCCCGCAACGAUGAAGGAAGGAGCAUCCCCCCCACCCCGGCACAGGCCUCCCAACACUCCCCCGGUGAGCCCACCCACACAGCACACCUCCAGCCCCGCUACCCAGCACACAGAAGCGAGCUCCUCUUCCUCUGCCACCUCCCCCUCCCCACCACCAGUAUCCCCAGCUCUGGGGCACAAGCAAACAAGAGACUCCGAGGACAGUCAGGCAGCCACGGCCAAAGCGUCUGGGAACACACGUUCCAUAUUCUGUCCAGCCACCUCCUCUCUGUUUGAGGCGGCCCUGCCACCUUCGACAGCCCGCCCACUUGCCGCAGCAUCGCUGCCCCCUGAAGCUGGCGGCCCUCGCGGGACCCCCGCAGGGGGCUGGAAGAGCUCAGGGCCACGGCAGAGGGCAGGCUCACAGCGGGGCAUGGCUCUGUGUGCCCUCAACCCUCAGCCUUUCAUCAGAAGGACAGCUUCUGACCGCCGGCCAAGUGUCCGCCUUCGGCUGCCUGUCCCCGGCGCCCCCAGCGACGCUUGUCAACCAGCGCUCUGCAGGAGCAGCAGCAGUGAGGAGAGCCCCAAGAAGGACACAGAGCCAUGGAACAGCCCCUGUGCCCCAGAACUGAGGGGUGGUGGCAGGGGCGCGUCUCCCCCAGAGCUCUUCGUGUUGGGCCAAGGGCUGCAACGGGAAGCCCGAGUCAGCCACACCCAGGACAAGCCUCAACAGAGGGAAGUAGCCUGACUGGCUAACCAGCAGGGUCACACGGAUGCCAGCCACCCCACAAGGCGAUGGGUGACAGCCAAGCAUCAGACUGUCCCAGGGAGGGUGGCCAACCAAACUCCUACUGAAGCGUCCUAGAAAGAUCUGGAAGGUGCACUGCCCAGAGAGUCUGCUGAGUUCUAAACCUUUGCCAUUUUCGGUCCCAGA